AUGUCCGAUCCCCAGCAGAACAACGCCGACGCCACUUCCCAGCCGGCCUGGAAUGCCGUUCAAUAUGAAGCUGCGUUGGCGCACCUUUACAAACUGCAAGAACAGGUGCGCAAUCUCUGUUAAUGAGCUGGAUGUUCUUACCUAUUCUGACCGUCUUCAGAUUGAAAGCCUUCGUGAUGCCAUUCCCUCGGUCGUACGUCCUCUGACGCGACCCAUCACCAACAAGCCGCAGGCCUACGCGCAAAUCAAGAAAGCCGCCGUUGGAGCUACAGACGAGCUGAAUGCUUUCCGCGAGAACUGGAUGUCGGAGAAGACGCAAAGCCUCCUCGUCCGAAGCAAAGAAAGCUACGAGAAAGAUGACGACCUCGGCAAAGCGAAUCAGGUUGCCCGCUGGGGUUGGGAGGACUAUGUACCGGCAGAGGACGUGAGGGACGAAGGAAAGAAGUGA